AUGCACCCCGACUGCAACACUACCCCAGGCAUCAACACCUCCACAUGCUUGUCUGACUGGGAGCCGUGCUGUUAUGGCCAGAUCAACUCUCCUGCAAAGCUACACUCGCCACACCCGGAGCGCUCGAUCGCCGAUGAGGUUGAUUGUUGGGACAUCUUCAACAAGUGUCAUUCUACUUCUGGUACCAAUAUCUCUACCUGCAUCUCCGACAAGGCUGCUCAUGAUGAAGGCGAGAACGAGCAGGGCGAUGAUUUGAUCUAUACUGUAUUCAUGGAUGGUACAUCACUCUGA